AUGAAGGUGACACUAAAAAAUCUUCAACAACAAACCUUUAUUGUAGACAUAGAACCGACAAAAACGGUUAAAGAGUUAAAGCAAAAAAUCGAAUCGGAAAAGGGGAAAGAUUACCCUUCGGAAAAUCAGAGACUGAUCUAUGCAGGCAAAAUACUUACAGACGAGUCCGUUUUGUCUGAAUACAAUAUUGACGAAAAGAAAUUUAUAGUUGUAAUGGUCACUAAACCGAAACAGCCAGAAAAAACCGAAGGUGGAGAUGGUGCUACGUCUGCAAGUACUACACCUGCUAGUCCUCCCGCAAAACCAACCACCGCUCCUGCAGCUGCAAAGAAAGAGACCACAGAAGAACCGACUCCCGCAGCUCCGAAGAAAGAGGCCACAGAAGAAACAACAACUCCGACACCUCAAGCAGCUGCGAAUAUGCCCGCUAUCAUAAGUAGUGUUGCGGAAUCCGCUUUACUAAUGGGUGAAGAGUAUGAAACCACAGUGAGGAACAUAAUAGACAUGGGGUAUGCUAGAGACCAAGUUGAACAAGCACUUAGAGCCAGUUUUAACAAUCCCGAUAGAGCAGUAGAAUAUUUGAUUAACGGAAUACCUCUAUUAGAAGAUCAAGAAUCUGUAAACGAGACUGCCGAUUUAUCCGGAGUGGACGAAAGACAAUCCGAUACCGAUGACCCGUUGGCGUUUUUGAGAACCCAACCGCAAUUCCAACAAAUGCGGCAAGUCAUCCAGCAAAAUCCCCAGCUGUUGAAUGCCGUUUUGCAACAAAUCGGACAAACCAAUCCUGCUUUGCUGCAAUUAAUAUCGCAGAAUCAGGAAUCAUUUGUAAGGAUGCUCAAUGAGCCGGCUGCUGGUGCCCCAGCUCCUGCUAGCGGAGGAGGAGCUAUUUCUGGUGGUGGCGCACAAGCAGCUACGGGCGGUCCUCCGCAAGGGAUGAUUCAAGUAACGCCUCAAGACAAAGACGCCAUUGAAAGGUUGAAGGCUUUGGGUUUUCCCGAACAUUUAGUAGUACAAGCCUAUUUUGCAUGCGAGAAGAACGAAAAUAUGGCCGCUAACUUCUUACUCUCUCAAAAUUUUGAUGAAUUUUAA